AUCUUGACAGCGAUGAGAGACGCUCUUGCGAGAGGUGGCCGGCUGCAUCAUGAUAUCAGCAUAGGCAAUAUCGUCCUGGUGCAGGAGCCUGACAGCGAAACACGACGGGGAUAUCUCAUCGAUUGGGAGCUGUCGAGCAGGGUAAACGCAUCACACCGGCUACUUCUUAAGCGGAAACCGUGGCAGGGUACGCCAUGGUUCAUGGUGAAGAACCUUUCCGCCCGGGUGCAUAGCGGCCAUCGCCGCGCCUUCCAGGACGACAUGGAGUCUUUGCUUUACGUGGUUCUCCACGCCGCUUUUCGGUGGCAGUCGCAU